GAUCGUCUCGACGGCCGGCCGCGGCGCGUGGCCGUCCGUAGCGCGCGCGCGUGCAGGGGAACGAGCCAGGGAGGCAGCAGCCGCCGCAGUCGCCGCGCGGGCGCGCGCAGUCCAGCCCCCAGCGCCCCCCCGGGCGCCUUCCUCCUCUCCUCUCCUCGCCUCCUCCUCCUCCUCCUCGUCGCCCUCGUCCUCCUUCCCCUUCAGCCAUGUUGGCAGCCGCACAGCUCCUCCGCCGCUGCGUCGCCGCCGCCGCGCCCGCCGCCCGCGGCCUGGUCCCCCGCGCGUCCCCCGCAGCAGUAUUGCCUGCCCGCUGCUAUGCUCAUGGGACACAAGAGACAGAUGAGGAGUUCGAUGCUCGCUGGGUGACCUUCUUCAACAAGCCAGAUAUUGAUGCAUGGGAACUUAGAAAAGGUGUGAACACACUGGUUGGUUAUGACCUGGUUCCAGAACCAAAAAUUAUCGAUGCUGCUUUAAGGGCAUGCAGACGACUAAACGACUUUGCCAGUGCAGUCCGUAUCUUAGAAGUUGUAAAGGACAAAGCGGGGCCUCACAAGGACAUAUACCCCUAUGUCAUCCAGGAACUUAGACCAACUUUGAAUGAAUUGGGAAUCUCAACUCCAGAGGAACUUGGUCUGGACAAAGUGUAAAAGCUAUUGAUGAGUUUCCCAUGGGUUUAUUGUUAAAACUACCUGAUUGUUCAUCAGUUGCCUGGAUACAGACAUUAUAACGUUACCUAUUUGAAAUUACUUCUUCCUUUUUGUUGAGUCCUGGAAUAUGUAUUGUGAAACUGGACCUAAUAAUAAAGGGGAACUGUUUCAACUGAA